CGUGCUGGGAUCCCAAGCCCCGCCCCGCCCCGCGCCCGCGCCCGCGCCCGCGCCCGCCCGGCGUAACCGAAAGCGAAACCCGCCGGCCCCGGAAGCGCGUCAGUGCGGGCGGGUGCCCGGCCCGCAGCGAGGCUUCCCGCACCGAGUGGCGCCUUGCGGGCGGGACUAUGUGGGCGCUGGGAGCCUGGGUGCUGCUGGGCGCCGUGGGCGCGGGUUCUGCCCAGUUGCAGUUCAGUGCAGUCAAGUCUGUUGAACAAACCAUGUGUAAUAAAACAGUCAUCCUACCUUGCAUAGUGACUAAUCUAGUACAGAAGAAUAUUAAAGACAUGUUUGUUAAAUGGAAACUAGAAAAAAAAGAAUUUUUCAGUUUUGACGGAAAUACAGAAAAGACCAUCAGAAACAAUAAUUUUUCAUCUGCUGUGUUAGAAUCUGUACAAAAUUUAAAUCUGGGCAUUGCCUCCUUGACCAUUUCAAAAACGCAAGCAGUUCCAGGAAACUAUAGUUGUGAAGUGACAGAAUCGAAUAGGGAAGGAGAAACUGUAAUUGAACUUGUAUACCGUGUAGAGCCAUGGUUCCCACAAGUAGAGUCUAUUCUCAUCAUACUCUCCCUGGUCUUGGCUAUUUUGCUUUAUUGGAUUCAGUUAGGCGUAACUGUAUCAAAGGAAACUACAUCUUGGGGGAAAAUUGGCUUAAUUAUUGCAGGAAUCAUCCUCUCAGUUGUUGCUGCUGUUGGUUUUAUCCUUUUAGUUCCAGAUGGGUUUGAACCAAAGAAUCAAGCUGGACUUGGCUUAAUUGUACUCCCUGCUGUGAUUUUAGUGCCCCUUCAGUACUUUCUGCUUAAGAUAGCUUUUAAGAAUAAUCUACCAGUGUAUAAAAUUCUUGUGGUAGUUCUGGAAUCAGUUGGUUAUUUGAUUGCUGUCAUCGGCUUUGCCCUGUGCAUCACAGCAUGCCCUUCGAAAAAUGGUGCUGUUGUGAUUGCUGGGUUAGCCAUUAUGGCUCUUACAGCAGUUGUUGGCCUAAUUUAUGUGAGUCAUUUGGGUUUCAGCAAGAAAGAUCAACCUCCAAGGAAAGCUGUAGAAGAACCAUUUAAUGGGUAACUAACUGGUGAGAGUGAUAGAAUCUGCUACAGAGAUGGUGAUAUGUGAAAAGAAAUGUAUUUGUUUAUACACUGUGGCCUUCGAUGGUGCACUAGUCAAAGAGAAGAAAAUCAGGAACUUAGCUGUUUUGCACAUUUGGAAAAAAAAAUGCUAAAAUGAUUUACAUGUAAUUUUAUAGUCACAGCUGCGGUAGUUCCAUUCAAGAGAGAGAGUUUUUUUCCUGGAGAGUAUGUGUGUGGAGGUGACGGGGGGGAGGUGAGAGCAGAAAAAGGCACUAUUUAUCGACCACACAAUUUCUUUAUAAUGUCACUAUUAGGGGUACCCUUUUCAAAAAAACAUCAGUCAUUGCUUUGAAACUGGGCCAUGUCAGUGACCAAAUGAUACUAGCACUAUGCUACUGGAACAGACCUUUGUGAUAAUUUAAACAAAUUAGUAUUACAUGAAACAUGCCACACUGUUCUCUCCUGACUCACCCUCUCUCCCCUCAAAUAUUAAAAAAAAAAUCUGCUGUCACUACUAUGAAGUUUAAUAUGAUAUAGGUUGUAAUUACAUUUAGAUUGGUGGGGUUUUGUGUGUGCAUGGGCAAAAUAUGUUAAUGCCUAAAUGGUAUGAAUAGGAAGUGGAUGUUGUACAAAUGUUACUCUUUCCACUUUAAAUGCAUGUAUUAUCGAAAACAGAGGCACUUACCAUAUUGAAAAAAACUGCAUAAACAAAACCUUGAUUCUCAUGCUUUUUUUAAAUAGUUACCCACUCCUCCCCUCCCCCAAAUAGGCUCCUUGUAUAUAUGGUAGUUGUGUGGUGUGCUUUGAUUACUGAUAUUUUAGUCUGGUUUUUUUGCCUCUUUGUAGUCUUGAUUAAAAAUUACUUGCCCCUGAGCCAAAUUCAUUGUUGAAGGGUACCCUUAAUGUUCAUAUGGUAUAGUCUAUCAUACUGAAACCAGUCUCAGGCUUUCUCCUUUGCAAACUGGCAUUUAAGAACCUCUUGAUGCUUUCAGAAAACUGGGAAUAAUCAAAGUUAGCAGCAAUUCUGCAUUUUAAAUCUGCCUCCUUAUUGCCAAGAAUAUAUGCAUAAAAACAUGAGCUAUGGAUCCUGCUACUUAUGCCUUAAUUGAAACAGGCAUUCUGACUUUGUGAUAUUGUCAUUAGUUAUAUCAUGAAUAGAAGACUCUUUCAAACAGGGAAUAAGUAAAUUCAGGUGCUGAGCAUAUUGAAGUUUUACAUAUAAAAUUUAUUAAAAUCUAAUUGGAAUACUUUCUUCAUGCUUGUGUAGUCUGUGAGGCCUUGCCUGCACUUUUAACAGCUGUACUUUGAGGGUUCACCUCACUGUAACUAGUAAGAAAGCAAUGUUCUCCUUUAACAAAUUUUUGUGACUAUAGCCAGACAGGGCCAUGAUGCAGGUUAAUAUAGGAAAUUAACUUUAGGCUGUAGGCUCAGACACCCUCCCCCACCCCCCACACUCACAUGAUUAGGCCCCAUGUGAGGACUUCAGGAUUAAACACCUCAGCUAACCUAAACUGCCCUCUUACAGAAGUCAAUGGGAUAUUCACAUGUGUAAAUGUUGAGUAUAAGUUUGUAUCUGCUUUGUAAGGACCUAAUUAGUAUUUCUUUAAUUUUUUAAAGGUGUAUGGUUUUGGAAUGUGGUACAUCAACAGGGUAUUUAUUCCUAGAGAGUUGAAAUCCAUAUAGAUUAAUGGGGGAGGCUUAACCAAAGGACUAAUCAAAAUAGCCCAAGUAAGGUGUGGGAGACAGUAUGAAUCAUUAAUAAGAGUCAAUCCAGGACUUCCCUAGCAUUUAUGCAUGGUGCUCCUCAUCUACACACCUCUAGUUACUGAUACCCUCUAGUAGUUUAUAGCAGCCCCAUGAAGUAGCAGGCUUUGAAAUUCUGUUUUGCCUUACUCUUAAUAUAGCUUUAUAAUCAAUUGUCAACAAACUGGAAUUUAGCAGCCACUGUUGUGAAGUCAAAUUCCUUUAAUAAAAUAUUACCAAAAAAAUUCAGUACCCAGUACUUGUCUAUUAAUCAUACUGCUGUAUGCAAAGGCUCUGCUUUGGGUUUCUCUUGGGCACCAGUUAAAAGUGGUUAAUUAGUUAAUUUCUUAAAGUCACUUAACACUACCUUCCCUCCAGUAAAAACCAAAGUUGUUUAAAUUACUGAUUCGUGUGUGUGUAUAUAUAUAUAUAUAUAAACCAAAUUCUCACGAUUUGGCAUUUUGGAUAUCUGCAAACUUUACCCAAGUGUUAUUUAUUAACAUAACAUUGUAAAUAGUGCACUAUUAUACUUAAAAUAAAAUUACGUUAAACUGUU